AUGAUUGAAGACAUCUAUAGGAAUUCAGGAAAAGACUAUAAUGACCUUGGCAGAUAUGAGGAUUGCCUUAAUGUUACUGAUUUUCACUAUAUAUUGGCAUCAGUUCCUAAAGCUUUUCCAAUUCCGAUGUCGAUUGGAUUAUGUGUUCCUAAGAUCUGCAAAACUUCUGACUUCAACUCCUACAAAACAUUCCUUGUAGCUGAAUUAAAUCAAAUAAUUCCAAAUGUUUUUGAAGGAAUCAAAGGUUUUGAUCUUAAUAUAAAGCUCAAGAAUGAUGAUAUGAUAUUUGAAAAUAGUGAAAGCAAGAAUGAUGAGAUCACCAGAGCGAAUGCUCUUUCAUGGUUCACAGUACUUUUGAUAUUCUUUUUUACGAUGACUGUUAUUCUUUCAACUUUCGCAGCCUGGUAUUUCCAUAAAGAACAAGAAAGAAAAAUUCAAGAAGAGAAGGAGAAAUUAGCAAAGAGACAAGAAAAAAAGUCUAAAAAGAAAAGAAAUGGAAAUAAGGCUGAUGAUUAGAGUGAAAUUAAAAACAGAAAAAGAACUCUAAAGUAUAAAGAAAACUUUGCCGAAGAAGAUAAAGAACAAGAAGAUAUGGUUACUAAUGAAUCUGCUAGGCAUAAGAAAUCUAGCAGUAAAAAGAUAAAGGUAAUUAAGAAUUAAGAGCCAACUAUGAUGGAGAAGAUAAUCAAAUGCUUCUCAUUGUGGAAUAGUCUAGAAUAGCUUUAUAAGCCGAGAGUUUCGAAUGAUCAUAGAUAGUUUGAGAUAUUCAAUGGUUUAAGGGUAUUCUGCAUUAAUUGGAUUAUUCUUGGCAAUACUUUUUUCUACAUUUUGAAAGGACCAAUUUAAAAUAUGGGGAUAAUUUAAGAGUUCAUGAGUGAUUUUCUGUUCAGUUUGGUUUUAGCAGCAGAUUUCAUAGUGGAUAUAUUCUUCUAUAUGACUGCAUUUGUUUCAUCAUACUUUUUGCUGAUAAGAUUACAUUAGAACUAUGGUUCAUUCGGAUAAUGGACUUAAGUAAUGAGAUUGUAUCUACAUAGAUUCAUGAGGUUAUUUCCAACAUAUUUAUUUGCUCUGUUUUUUUAUUGGAAGUUCUUGACCUUAUUUGGAGGAGAGGGCCCUAUGUUUUUCAUGUAUUCAACUUAAACGGAAUGUUCUAGGUUUUGGUUCUGGCAUAUCACCUUCUUAAAUAAUCUAAUUCCUUUUGCUAGAGAUGACACUUGCAUGCCUUGGACAUGGUAUCUAGCCAAUGAUUUUUAAUUUUACUUGCUAGUCCCUUUAUUUGUUCAUUUAUAUUACAAUAAGAGAAGAAUUUUUUACUAUGUUGUUGGUGGAAUAUUCUUUGUGUCGAAGAUUAUCUAAUUAAGUGUAAUUCUUGCUAAUGAUUUAUCUGUCAGCUAUUUUACAUACAAUGAUGAGUACUGGACUGUCUACUAUGUAAAACCAUAUUCAAGAAUACCUGUUUACCUAAUAGGAGUUAUUUUAGGAUGCAACUACUUUUCAUAUAAAUAUGAGUCACCAGAUAGCUUUGGUAUAAUUCCUAGAUUCUACAAAACGCUUCUUGAUUCAAAAAUAAAAUCUACUCUAUUUUCAAUUGCAGGUUUCGUCAUCUGCUUAAUAAUAGUGAUGCUCAUGCAAUUAAUCAACAAUUCACCUAAUAAUGGAUCAUUGGCGGGAAAUCUGUUUUACUUACUAUUAUCGAGACCACUCUUUAUUAUUGGAGUAUUCCUACAACUAAUGCCAAUGAUAUUAGGACAACCCUCUUUUAGAACUCCAAGAAAAUUUUUAUCUCAUAAGUUUUGGCUUCCAUAUUCCAAAUUAACAUAUGGAGCUUUCUUAACUCACGGUAUGUUUAUGCAAUUUAGAGAAUACAAUACAGAGAGAGGGCAUUGGGUAUCAGGAUAUGACACUUUCUUGUACUAUUUUGCAUUUGUAGCAUUCUCCUAUUUAUUUGCUUUGCUACUUGCAAUUGUAAUUGAAUUUCCAAUAGCAAGUAUGUACAAAGAAUUUAUUUACUAGCUACCCCCAACUGGGAACGUCUCUGAAAUCUAUAACAAACAAAGUUCCAACAAUGAUGAGGAGACACUUGACUAUUAGCGGGAUGCUGAAAAAUAAGUUAAAAUAAAUCAAGAUAGAGAGGAGAGAAGGAGAAAGCAAAAGGAUAAAGAAGAAAGACUUAAAAUCCUAGACGAUGACGAUGAUGAUGAGAUCUUUGAUAGCAAUGCGACCAUAUCAGAGCUUGUCAAGCCAUCUGAUUUCAAAGCCAUUCACACGCCCAAUCAGAGCAAAAGAAUGUGA